AUGUUACAGACUGAUGGUGAGCCCUUGGCAGAUCCUACUAUGUUUCGCAGUUUAGUAGGUGCUCUACAGUAUCUAACAUUUACAAGACCUGAUCUAGCCUAUGCUGUGAAUCAUGUGUGUCAAUAUAUGAAUAAUCCUACUGAGGUUCACUAUUUUUUGGUGAAGCGUAUUCUCAUAUAUGUACAGGGUACAUUGGAGUAUGGAAUCAGUUUUACAAAAGGUCCUUGGCAGCUUAAUGCAUACAGUGAUGCAGACUGGGCAGGGGAUAUUAACACUAGAAGGUCUACAACCGGAUGUGUAGUAUUCUUGGGUAGUAAUCCCAUCUCCUGGCAGUCCAAGAAGCAAGGUUCUGUAUCUAAGAGUUCAACAGAGGCAGAAUACAGGGCCCUAGCAAACACAGCUGCUGACUUGGCAUGGAUUCGACAAGUUCUCUUGGAUUUGAAGAUGUUUCUGCCUGAUGCUCCUAUUAUGUACUGUGACAACUUAUCAGCUCUGGCUUUAAGUUCAAACCCAGUAUACCAUUCUCAUAUUAAGCAUUUGGAUAUUGACUUUCACUUUGUGAGAGAGAAGGUACAAAGAAAGGAUCUUAUUGUGCAGUAUAUACCUACUGAAGAACAGAUAGCAGAUGUAUUUACAAAGGGGUUACACAGUCCCAUUUUCUUACAACACUAUCUUCAUCUGAGACUGAGGAGCUCAGCUAGGUAG